AUGGCACUCCUCAACCUCCUCACCUCGCCGUGGCUGGCCAUCGCAGGACUGGUCUCUGUGCUCGGGUAUUUCUUUAUCCUGCCGUACUUCACCACCAAUGCGGCCCUGCGCAGCAUCCCAGGCCCUUCAAUUGCUCCCUUUUCGAAUCUGUGGCUGCUAUGGACUUGUCGCCGGGGCAAGCGUUAUGCCAUUGUCCAUGAGACUCACAAGAAGCUCGGUCCUAUUGUCCGCAUUGCACCGAAUCACGUCAGCGUCGCCGAUGCGGAUGCCGUGAAUACCAUCUAUGGUCACGGCAAUGGCUUUCUCAAAUCCGAUUUCUACGACGCCUUUGUCUCUAUCCGCCGAGGCCUCUUCAACACCAGAGACCGCGCUGAGCAUACCAGGAAGCGCAAGCUCGUGUCGCACAUCUUUGCUCCCAAAUCUGUUGUUGAGUUCGAGCCGUAUGUGCGCCAGAAUCUCGAGGAGUUCACACGGCAAUGGGACGCCCGGAUAAAGAACACUUCUCAGCGAGAUGGGUCAGCACAUCUUGACUGUCUGUCAUGGUUCAAUUAUCUCGCCUUUGACACCAUCGCCGACCUGGCCUUUGGCAAGCCAUUUGGGAUGCUAUCCAGCGGAGCAGAUAUCGCUGAAGUACGCACAUCUCCCACUGGCCCAUCGAUUUAUGCACCUGCUGUAGAGAUUAUCAACCGCAGAGGCGAAGUGUCUGCCACAUUGGGCUGCUUGCCCUGGCUCAAGCCCUACGCUCGCUGGCUACCGGACCCUUUCUUCUACAAGGGCCUGGAGGCCGUCGAACGACUUGCGGGCAUAGCCGUUGCCCGUGUAUCUGAUCGGCUCCAAAACCCGCCUGAUAUCGAUCGGCAGGACCUUCUAGCACGAUUGAUCAAGGGAAAGGACGACAAUGGUGAGCCUCUUGGCAGAGAAGAACUGACUGCUGAGGCGUUGACUCAGCUCAUUGCCGGAAGUGACACCACGUCCAAUUCGUCGUGCGCAUUGCUCUAUCAUGUUGUCAGGACGCCAGGCGUGCUCCAGAAGCUUCAACAAGAAAUUGACCAAGUUGUAUUGGAUGAUGUUGAAGUUCCAUCAUAUGAUCAGGUCAAGAGUCUCCCAUACCUAGAGCAGGUAAUCAAUGAGACUUUACGGCACCACUCCACGUCCGGCAUUGGGUUGCCUCGCCAGGUCCCUCCUCAGUCGCCUGGUGUUCAUAUCCAGGGUCAUUAUUUCGGUCCAGGCACGGUCUUGAGCGUCCCGGCGUACACGAUUCACCAUUCCAAAGAAAUCUGGGGUCCCGAUGCCGAUGAUUUCAACCCAGACAGGUGGGAGAAUCAAACCGCAGACCAAAAGAAAGCCUUUAUUCCCUUUAGCCACGGGCCUAGGUCUUGUGUUGGGCGGAAUCUGGCCGAAGUGCAGAUGAAACUGAUUGCUGCCACGUGGGUUAAGAGAUAUAAUGUUGAGCUGAGGCAGGACAUCAUGGAGACGCGGGAGGGGUUCUUGAGGAAACCACUUGGGCUGAAGAUUAAGAUCAUGAGAAGAUGA